UCCUGUAUGAUGGAGACUACCUCAUUUGUUCCAGCUGAUCAAAUUUUUAAGCUUUGUAUAGAAAAAUUCAAUUCCCUUCCGCGUACCGGAAAGCCGACAACAAAUGAAUGGACAGUAUUAUCAUGUAUAAUACAAUGUGACAGCAAUUCGAAAAAUGCCAAAGUUAUUUCGUUAGGAACUGGUACAAAAUGUAUCGGAAGUGAUCAGUUGUGCGAAAAAGGAUUGAUUUUGAAUGACUCUCACGCUGAAGUUAUGGCAAGACGUGGAUUCCUCCGGUAUCUGUAUGCAAGCAUUCGAAACUAUUUAUCGGAUGGGAGCCCAUUAGCAUACAAUGAACAGACAGGAAAAUAUUCCAUAAAGAAUGGAAUAAGUUUCCAUUUUUUUAGUACCCACGCUCCUUGUGGGGAUGCAACUAUAGUUUCAAAAUCUACCGGUGACGAAGAAAUUGAGCCAGGGACGAAAAAAAUGAAAUUGUCUCCAGAAUUUACGGACAAUUUCACAGGUGCAAAACUCAUAGCAGCUAAUGAAAAUACAGACUUAAUGUCUCAAGACGAAGGUGCGAUUCGGACAAAACCGGGACGUGGUAUAAGAACUUUAUCGGUAUCGUGUAGUGACAAGUUGUCUCGUUGGAAUAUACUAGGAAUUCAAGGAGCGUUAAUAAAUAUAUUUUUGGAUAAGCCAGUGUACUUUGAAACUCUAACGUUUUCUGGUCAAGUUAGUGAAAUAUCGGUAAAACGAGCAUUAUACGGUCGGUGGCGGAAAGUGAGUUUCAACAGUGAAAGAUACAAGUUGCAAAUGCCAAGGAUUAACAUUUGCUCACCCGAUCUAAAAUUUGAGUUUGAACAAACAACUGAAACGGAUCCAUCGCCUGCGAGUAUAGUAUGGGCUGAUGUUCAAGAGAAACCUCUGGAGGUAGCCGUAUCCGGAAAACGACAAGGAGUUACGAAAUCUAAACGAAACACCAUUUCAGGUGCAUUAAGAAUAUCUAAAGUAUGGUUAUUUCAUGAAUUUGUUUCUACUUUAUCUUCACAACCAUCUUUACAAAAAAGCUUUUAUCCAAAUUCUGACGAUUUCCAUAAAAUAACUUACAAAGAAGCAAAAUUUUGUUCAGAGGAAUAUCAGUCUGCUUGGAACCUCUUAAAAACAGAUUAUUUUCAAAAUUGGACAAAGAAAUCAGAAAAAUUAUUAGAUUUUAAGUUAGAAGAUCGGUAGCAUAAGUAUUUAAGUGGUUAAAUAAGUGGUAUCCAUUGAUAUCAACAAAAUAUUAGAAUCUUCUUUCAAAUUGGAACUCAGUCAGAAAAGCGGCUGUAUCAAGUUAAUAAGAAGGUCAUGCAAGAGGUGAUCACCAAUAAGUAGUUGGCUUCAAGCGUCUCACCUAUAUUUACAUCUAUUGAUUAUUCAAUUUGAUUAGAUAAAAAGUGUCUUCUAACUCCUCGAACUUCACAAUGAGAAAGAAUCAACUAAUAUCAUUUUUUUAAAUGUAGGUAGUAAUUACCUUGACUAAAAAUCAAUUGGAAUAGGUCAAUGGAUGCUUAGAUAUUGUAGUCUAAAACCAAUUUAUUUCCGAACAUGCAUUCUGUUGACGAAUUUCGCGACUAAUGAGAUCUAUACAUAUUCAGCUAGCAGGGGUUACCGCAACCGUACAGGAGACUUGAUGCUUAAUGGAUGUCCUUAGGGUGAAAAUCCAUAAAAUCCGCGUAUCCGUAACUUUCUUUCUUUAAAAAAAAUCCCUAUCUUCGUGAAUUGUUACAGUAGAAUUUGAUUUUAUGAUAUCUAUAAAUCGGAAAAC